UCAGCUGUGGUGACUGGCACGAGCGAGGAUGACAGAUUUUGGUUUGAAGUGGAGCUGUGAGUACUGCACCUAUGAGAACUGGCCAUCCUCCAUCAAAUGCACCAUGUGUCGGGCCCAAAGACAUAACGCUCCCAUCAUCACAGAGGAACCCUUCAAGUGCAGAUCCGGCCUGGACCUCCAGCUCUGCACCACCCAGGGCGGCUCCACCCUGCUUAUCUGCCCUGACUCAAGCACCCGGCCUCAGGUACAGAUCGCAGACGAGCUGCCCGAGACCAGCAGCAAAUGGUCCUGCCACAUGUGCACCUACCUUAACUGGUCGUGCGCUGUCCGUUGCACACAGUGCCUCAGUCAAAGACAGCAGGGGUCCCAUCUGGGACCCCACAGUCCUUUAGAGGCUCCCCAAACGUCGGACUCGGGAUCCAGACCCUCUCUGGUCACCUCUGAUCCCUGCGAGGAGUAUAACGACCGAAAUCGGCAGAACAUGCACGCACAGCGAUGGUUGUGCUCGGUGUGUACCUAUGAGAACUGGCCAAAGAGUCUCAGAUGUGUGGUUUGCGACCACCCUAAACUGAGCAGUUCACCUGAGAUGCCACAGCAAGACUCGGAGGGGGAGAGCGCAAUGUCCCCAUCCAUAGUUAAUGAGCAGAUACGAGAUAACGUAAGGACAGCGGGGGGAGGGGGGAUAAGCGGGGGUAUCAGGGGCAGGCAGAGGAAACUUUCUCCCCCCACGUCUAAGGGACAAGCAGAGGUGAAGAUCGAACUGGCGUCGGGCACGGUGGGCAGUGAUAAUGAGCAGGAGGCGGACUUUAAAAAACUUAAACAGAUCCGGAACAGGAUACGGAGAAGUGACUGGCUCUUCCUGAAUGCCUGUGCUGGUGUUGUCGAGGGGGAUCUGGCCGCUGUGGAGGUAUAUAAGUCAUCAGGCGGUGACAUCGCACGUCAGUUGACUGCAGAAGAGGUGCGGAUCCUGAACCGCCAAUCUGCGUUUGACAGUGGUUUCACACUGGUGCAUCUGGCCAUUCGGUUCCAAAGACAGGACAUGCUCACCGUGCUGCUCGCAGAGGUAUCUCAGCAGACAGCUAAGUGUAUACCAGCUCUGGUGUGUCCUGAGUUAACAGAACAGAUCCGCAGAGAGGUGGCGGCAGCACUUCGCAGACGUAAAGGAGAAUUCCCCUGUAACUUCUUCACUGACCUCGUCACCUUCACAUUACCAGCAGAUAUUGAAGACCUUCCCCCAAAUGUUCAAGAAAAAUUGUUUGAUGAGAUCUUGGAUCGAGAUGUACAAAAAGAGUUGGAAGAGGAGUCUCCCAUCAUUAAUUGGUCUCUGGAGCUGUGCACAUGUCUGGACAGCCGGCUGUAUGCUCUUUGGAACCGAACGGCAGGAGAUUGCCUUCUAGACUCUGUGUUACAGGCCACAUGGGGAAUCUAUGACAAAGACUCUGUCCUGAGAAAAAGCCUCAACGAUAGCUUGCACGACUGCUCUCACUGGUUCUAUGCACGUUGGAAAGAGUGGGAAUCAUGGUAUUCCCAGAGUUUUGGUUUGCAUUUCUCUCUUCGGGAGGAACAGUGGCAGGAGGACUGGGCGUUUAUACUGUCAUUAUCUAGUCAGCCAGGUGCCAGUUUAGAGCAGACGCAUGUGUUUGUUUUGGCACAUAUUCUUCGCAGGCCCAUCAUAGUGUACGGUGUGAAAUAUUACAAGAGCUUCAGAGGAGAGACGCUGGGAUACACACGUUUUCAGGGGGUGUACCUGCCUCUAUUAUGGGAGCAGAGUUUCUGCUGGAAAAGCCCUAUUGCCCUGGGAUACACACGUGGACACUUUUCAGCCUUGGUUGCCAUGGAGAAUGAUGGCUAUGAUAAUCGAGGCGCAGGUGCCAACCUGAACACAGACGAUGAUGUCACGGUCACUUUCCUGCCAUUGGUUGACAGUGAACGGAAGCUGCUACAUAUUCACUUUCUGUCUGCACAAGAGAUGGGGACAGAGGAGCAGCAGGAGCAGAUGUUGAGGCAGUGGAUGGACUGCUGUGUGACAGAAGGCGGGGUUUUGGUGGCCAUGCAGAAGAGCUCUAGGAGGCGUAACCACUCACUUGUCACUCAGAUGGUUGAAAAGUGGCUGGACGGUUAUCGGCAGCUUGCUGCUUGUCCCACUCUUUCUGAUGGAGAGGAGGAAGAGGAAGAUGAUGACUAGUGAUGAAGGCCCACAUCAAAGUUCACUUGACACUACAACAUGGCCCUUUCGUGUUACCUAACACUGAAACCACAAACACACACCUUUAGUCCCAGCCGAACGACAAACCCAUGGUUUCCUUUUGGUUUUUGUCCCUAAUAAUAUGGGUUUGUUUAACAUAAAGUAAUGCAAUCAUGAUUGUUUUUGUCUUUACACAGUAUGUUAUUAGCUUUCAUUUGUGUUUUGUUUUAAAGUUGCUGUUGAAAUGCUUGUAGUGGUUUACAAAAAAAAGAGGAGGAUUUGGAAAUGAUGCCAGUGUGCACUGGAAAGAAAAAUAUAUUUAAUAGGUAAAUUGCAGCAAUUCAAGCACCCUUUUCUAUUCUAUUUGUAAUUAAACUGACGCAAAUGUCUACUUUUUGUUUUGCAUUACUCUAGACCAGGUGUAACCAAUUCUGUAACCCUUCAGGUUUACUUGAAAAUGACAGGUUGGUGUGUUGGUGCAGGGUUGGAGAUGAACUCUACAGGAAAGUAGCUUUUCAGGAGCACGAUUGACUACCCCAGCUCUAGACUGAGAUUACUAAAAUAUAAUUCACUACACACGGUUUAAAACAUGCAUUCACACUAUCUCAAACUAGGACUGUCAUGUAUUUUGUUCUAAAUAAAGUUCUGUUGGUUGACUAUUUUCACCAGGUCAUUACAAAGAGAAGACAAGUUCACGUUUAAUUCAAUUUCUAACACAUGUUCUGUAUUUAUCUUAUUAAUAUUUUGUGAGCCAAAGAAACGAAAGCUUUUCCACACAUGUCCCAAUAAUGUCCAAUCUUUAAACUGAAUCGCAAAUGUGAACGCUGCGAGAAUGGGGCAUAUGUCAGAUUUUGUGUGAGUUGGGCACCUUGUUGAACAUAGAUAACAUUUCAUACUCAUUUCAUAGGGUACAGAUACAGAUCACCUUUUGGAAGGGUGCAUUAUUUCAACUCUUCUUUAACUGGUCUGGUUCACUCUUUCAGUUCUGUAGUUCUGCAUGUUUUUGUUAUCUGUGAUGUUGUUUCCAAACCUCUGUAUACACCAGUCAUUACAAAGACUUGAUGUAGACCAAAGUGAACGUUAGGAGAGAGUUUUUGCAGUGGUAAUUUAACCGGGUUUGUUUUUCCAUGUUCAUAGCACCUCCUGUAUUUGUGUCCAUGUCACCCCUCACCAACUUAAGUUAUAUUUUAUUUUUUAAAUUAUGUGAUGAUUGCUGCUACACUAUGAUAUAUAAUGAGGUGGAUACCAAACUUGGUGAUAUUGAAGACCUAAGUGUUUUGAAUGUCCUACUAUGAAACUAUUAUAAAACUUCAAAAACUGAACUGGUGUGAUUUACUAAAUUAUAUAUCAUUCAGAAGAAGGUUGUAUUAAAUAUCAGCUUUAGUAAGUAUAUAGCAAUAGCACAUUCAUUAAUACUAGCUAUUAGUUUAGCCACCUGUUACUUAAGUGAAUCUCACAUAAACCGUCAAGAUCUUGUCUGGGUUAUAUUUAAUAAAAAUAA